AGCCGCACAAACCCUUUUCAGACUUGGUCAAUCAACACACAACAGUUACCUCUGCAAGCGAAUGGACGAUGGAACCACUUACCCACACGACCCCAAGAUCCACCACAGUCGUCUUGCUCAUCUUGUCCACCUCCUUCGUUGCCCUCUCCUUCCUCAUUAGUUUCAGCAGUUGCGCCCAACAAUUUUACGUCUCCCAUUACUGCGACGACACUACUGUUUUCAAAUCCAACAGCACUUACCAAUCCAACCUCAACAUCCUUCUCUUUUCUCUUUCCUCCAACUCCAACAACCCCUAUCUUAACGCCACCAUCAGCCAGAGCCCCAAUACUGUUUACGGCCACUACUACUGCAGAGGCGACAUCACCCGAGAUGUCUGUCGUGAUUGCGUCAAAUCCGCCGCUACUGAUAUUGUUCAGCGCUGUCCUGACAGCAAAAUCGGAUACAUUUGGUACGAAAUGUGUACUCUCCGCUACUCCAACCACAACUUCUUCUCCACUGUCAUCGAUGCUCCUGUCGACUACUUGUGGAAUGAACAGAACGUCUCUGACCCGACUCGGUUUAACCACCUCUUGGUCGAUACCGUGAACAAGGUCGCCACUACAGCUGCCUCCGAUUCUGAGAGAUUCGGUACUCGAGAUGCUAAUUUUUCGCAAUUUCAGAAGUUGUAUUGUCUGGCACAGUGCAGCCCUGAUAUAUCAAGGAUCGACUGUAACAGAUGCCUUCUGGGUACCAUUGCUUUUCUCCCCAGUUGCUGUAGCGGCAAGAUAGGAGGAAGGGUUCUUAAUCCCAGCUGUAACAUCAGGUUUGAGAUGUUCCCCUUCUAUCGAGUCACAGCUUCAGCACCGGCUCCUCUGCCACCUCCGAAAAAACAAGGAAGCUCGUCCAGAAAAAUUGUUGCCAUUUUUGUGCCAGUUGUCGUUGGAGGAUUGAUUCCUUUCUCUAUCCUCUUGUAUUGUUUGCUAAUCCGGAAGAAAAAUGAUGCCCCAUCAAAGGAGAAUGGUGGUUACGUGUUAAUAAGUGCAGAGUCAUUGCAAUUUGAUUUUAGCACAAUCCUUGAAGCUACAAACAACUUUGCAAACAUCAAUAAGAUUGGUGAGGGGGGAUUUGGUAGCGUUUACAAGGGUAAACUUCCUAACGGACAAGAAAUUGCUGUCAAGAGACUCUCAAUAAAAUCAAUGCAAGGUGCAGAAGAAUUCAUGAAUGAGGUUGUGUUAGUGGCAAAGCUUCAACAUCGCAAUCUAGUUAGGCUAUUGGGGUUUUGCUUGGAAGGAGAUGAAAAGAUCCUUAUCUAUGAGUUUGUACCUAACAAAAGCCUCGAUUAUUUCCUAUUUGAUUCAGAGAAAUGCAUGCAGUUAGAUUGGCAGAGACGUUACAAAAUUGUAGAAGGGAUUGCUCGAGGGCUUCUUUAUCUUCAUGAAGAUUCCCACCUUCGUAUUAUUCAUAGGGAUCUUAAAGCUAGUAAUAUCUUACUAAAUGAGGAAAUGAAUCCCAAGAUCUCAGACUUUGGGCUCGCAAGAAUUUUUGGGGAGGAUCAAGCUCAAGCAAAAACAAGCAGAAUAGUUGGGACCUAUGGUUACAUGUGUCCGGAGUAUGCAAUGCGUGGGCAGUUCUCAGUCAAAUCAGAUGUAUUCAGCUUUGGUGUAUUAGUUUUGGAGAUUGUAAAUGGAAAGAACAGUAGUUACUAUCAAACAGAUGGUACUGAGGACCUUAUAAGCUAUGCAUGGAGGCAUUGGAAUGCAGGAACAGCCUUUGAGUUGAUUGAUCCAAUCCUGAGAGAAGAUUGUUCAAGAAGUGAAGUGAUGAAAUGCAUUCAUAUUGGGUUAUUGUGUGUUCAGGAAGUAACUUACAGACCCACUAUGGCGAAUGUAGUCGUCAUGUUGAAUAGUUACAGAGUUACUCUUCCAUCACCCUCACAACCAGCACUUUUUUUGGGAAGCGACAUGGAAUCAGGGGAGUUUAUAGAAGGGGAAGAAAUGCAGAAACUGAAUCAGAAUAAUCUAAUAUCAUGUUAAUCACUGAUGAGGUAGAUUCUUGAUAAUGAGAGUGGAUCAAGGGUACAUAAUGUAGAACAGUGUAUGCUAAUCUUCAAGUUAGGUUUGGUUUGUGCAACGUUUAA